AUGAUGUUCUCAUCUAAGAUCAACUAUCUACUUGGCGUUCAUAUAUGCUUCCGCUUUGCACAAUGUGCAAGUUCUCCAACUGCUACUACUGCCAAUACCUACUUAACCAAAGUCUACAAUGUCUCCGCCGCGACGACAACUUUGACUUAUGAGUACACUAAUGAGGAAUUGGCAAUGCUAUGGAACCAAGUGGGAUCAAUUGCGGUAGGACCGAUCACGACGACGGUGGAGCCAACACCAGAGCCUUCAUCGUACCCUCGUCCAGGAAGCUUCCAUCCUUUAGUACCAACCUAUGAUACCACCCUCAAUAACCAAACUCUACCCAACGAUUUCAUCUGGGGUUUAGCAGCGAGUGCAUAUCAGAUUGAAGGAGCUGCGAAAGACGAAGGCAAAGGGCCCUCCAUUUGGGAUUUGAUCGCACAUCGGGACUAUGGAGCUGUGGCAGACAACUCGACGGGUGACAUUGUGGCCAGUCAUUAUUGGCUAUACAAACAAGACUUUGCUCGUCUUGCUAAAUUGGGAGUUCCGUACUUCUCUCCUUCGUUUUCUUGGCCGAGAUUCUUCCCUUUUGGAAAUGGCCCAGUGAACAAACAGGGCGUUGAACAUUAUGAUGAUGUUAUUGCCAGCAUGGUCGCUAAUGGAAUCAAACCUGCUGUCACAUUAUUCCACUGGGAAACACCACUCGCUCUAUUCAAUUCAUACGGAGCCUGGACCGAUGAGCGAAUCGUAGACGAUUUUUUCAAUUAUGCCAAGUUUGUCAUCAGCAGGUAUGAUAAAUAUGUACCAAUCUGGUAUACAUUCAACGAACCCCAAUAUUGCAACUGGCAAUACUCCUUGUACCCCGCCGGUAACACCAAAGGAAACUACCCCGCCUACCACAAUAUCACCGGUGGUCUCCCAGCUCGUAUCGCCUGUUCACACUACAGCAUUCUGGCCCACGCCAAAGUAGCCAAAUGGUAUCACGAAGAAUUUCACGGCGCCGGUCGUAUAACUUUCAAAAAUUCCGGUAACUACUACGCACCUAACAGUACCUCCUCAGCAGACCUCGACGCCGUAUCUCGCAAUUUUGAAUUCGCAUUAGGUUGGUUCAACGGCUGUUGGCGCGAUGGUGAUUACUCCCCCAUGUUAAAAGAAACACUGGGAUCGCUCCUCCCCAAUUUUACUCAGGAAGAAAAAGAUAUGGUAAAAGGAAGUUGCGAUUUCUUCGCCAUAGACGGCUAUACCGCCUUCCUCGGGACAUCCAUCCCCGGCGGCUCCGCAGCCUGUGCUUCUAACUCCUCCGACCCCGCAUACCCCGAAUGCGCCAGCUCAAGUUCCUUAGCCGCAGAUGGAUUUCCACUAGGACCAGCAGCCGACGAAGGAGUGAGUUGGCUAAGUAGCACGCCAGUAGCUAUCCGACAAUUCUUGAAUGUUAUCACGAAAGAGCUUUUUCCAACAGUGGGCGAUAUAGUGGUGAGUGAGUUUGGGUUUGCCGAGCCAUUUGAGGGGCAGAUGGGGAGUUUGGGGGAGGUGUUGUGGGAUUUGCGACGGGCAGAUUAUUAUAGGGGGUUUUUGGACAGUAUUCUCAAAGCGAAGGUGGUAGAUGGUGUAAAUGUCACGGGUGCAUUUGGUUGGGCCAUCUUUGAUAAUUUCGAAUGGUUCGCGGGAAGUAAGGUGAAGUUUGGGCUGCAGUGGUUGAACCAGACUUCUUUGGAGCGAAUUCCAAAAGCUAGUAUGUUUCAGUUCUUGGAUUGGUUUGAUGCGCAUGGAGGAGUCAAGAUUGGUGCGGGUAGUUUGGGAAAUGUCACGAAGAGAAACGAUGGUUGA